CAGGAACCAAGAUGUUGAGAACUUCUGCUGUAGCUGUCACUGCUUUGGCGAUCGCUGAAGCCUUCGCACCGACUCCACUUCCGCUUCGCAACAGCCUCAGAACAUCUGGAUGCUUGUCCUCUCUCAACAUGCAGUUCAACGGCAAGCCCAUCGAUCGCAAAGACGGGUUCGGCGGAGGAGCCAAGGCGAUCUUCGAGACGAUCGAGAAGCGAUCCAAGGAUGACUGGAGUGGCUCUGGAACUGGAGGAGCCUCGGGCAAGAUUCCGACGGGGCCCGCAAGCUUCGAGGAGUACAUGAAGAAGAGAGCAGCAGAGAGUGGAGGAAAGGUUACCGAUAUUGCUGGAAAUGACAUCACCACUGUGAAGCCAUCUUACAAAGUGCAGGAGGGAGCAUGGGGGGCUCCCGAGGACAUGGAGAAGGAGGAGGAUCCUCUUGCAUGGAUCGACAAGUCUGUGACCGGGUUCGAGAAGCAGUCCACCAGCUGGCUCGACGAGGAUCCCGAGCUGAAGGCUGCCAGGGAGGCUCGUGAGAAGCAGAAGGCCGAGGAGGAUGCUGCAAUCGAGGCCAGGAUGCAGAUGUGGCUGAAGAAGGCGGCCGAGAAGAAGGCCGCUGAAGGAAAUUAGAAAGUUUUUGCCUCGUAUGAGGUUCCUCUGUACAAAACCGAGCCGACG